AUGAGUGGGAGGGAGGCAAGUACGUACAGAGAUCUACAUUUUCCGGCUUGUAUCAUCGGAGGAUCUUUCGCCGCCGUCUCAAUCUGCCUCUCCGUUUUCUCCAUCGUCCAGCAUCUCCGUUUCUACACCAAUCCCUCUGAGCAAAAAUGGAUAGUUCCUGUUUUGUUUAUGGUCCCUGUUUACGCUACUGAAUCGAUCAUAUCCUUGACAAAUGCAAAAUUCUCUCUGCCUUGUGACAUUUUGAGAAACUGCUAUGAGGCUUUCGCUUUGUAUUCCUUUGGAAGUUACUUGGUCGCAUGUCUAGGUGGUGAAAGAAGAGUUGUUGAAUUGCUCGAAGAUGAAUCAACAGAACCAUUAUUAGAAGCAGAAGAAGCAAACGAGAUCAACAAGAAGAAGAAGAACAAGAAGAAGCAGAAGCAGAGUAAUCCAUUUUGGAAGUUCUUGUGUGAACCAUACGUCUUGGGACGAGAGCUCUUUGUGAUAGAGAAGUUCGGUCUUGUCCAGUAUAUGAUCCUCAAAACCUUUUGUGCAUUCUUGACAUUUUUGCUGGAGCUUCUUGGUGUCUACGGUGAUGGUGAAUUCAAAUGGUAUUACGGAUAUCCAUACAUAGUGGUGGUGCUAAACUUCAGCCAGAUGUGGGCCCUGUUUUGCCUUGUGCAGUUCUACAACGUGACUCACGAACGCCUCAAAGAAAUCAAACCCUUGGCCAAGUUCAUUAGCUUCAAGGCCAUCGUGUUCGCUACUUGGUGGCAAGGCUUCGGCAUCUCACUGCUCUGCUACUACCGCGUGCUUCCGAAAGAAGGAAGAUUCCAAAACGCCUUGCAAGAUUUCCUCAUCUGCAUAGAGAUGUCGAUUGCAGCCGUUGCUCAUCUCUUUGUUUUCCCUGCCGAGCCUUACCACUACAUUUCGGUGUCAGAGUGCGGUAAGAUCACAAGCGAGAAGAAGAAGACGGAAGUUAAAGUAGAAGAAGGUGGUGGUGUUGUUGAGAGGAAGGAGGAGACUCAGGUUGAAGCAUCAGGGACAAGCAUUAAGGAGAGCGUGCAAGAUAUAGUUAUCGACGGUGGCCAACACGUGGUGAAGGAUGUGGUUCUUACGAUAAACCAAGCGAUGGGGCCUGUGGAGAAAGGUGUGACCAAGAUUCAACAGAAGCUUUUGGAUUCUGAAGGUAAAGAAGAAGAAGAAACACAAGUGACCGUUGAGACUAAGGUGGAGAAAAAAGAUUAA